GAGGCUGGACUGGCCCUGGCUAGUGGUUCCUUCUGCAGGUGGGGCGCCAGCCUCCCUCCAUUGGCCGGGUUUAAAGGGGAUGGCCGGGGACUGCACCGCGCUCCUCGGUAGGCUGGCGGGCUGGUGGCGUGAGAGGAGCCUGCUGGGUCUUCUCAGCAUACAAUAGGUGCCUAAUUAGCACGGCCAGAGUCAGGCUGCUCCUUCCCUCCACUUCCGCCUCUCUUUGUCCACUUUUGGCGGGGAGUGGGGGAAGGAGGGAGUCAGGGAUCCUUCAACUUUGUUAAGCUCCAGUUUGGGGGGUCAAGGCCAGGUUGAAAUCCAAGAUGACACCUUGAGCACUUUUCCCAGGAGAGCUUGGGAGAGUGAAGCACAAAACAAUAACGAUUUAUUAUUCUGCCCCACCAAAGUCCUCUGGAUUUGCACACUGCGUGGCUGGAAGAGCCAGCCUUCUCCGGGAGUUCGGUUCUUGCCGGAGGGGCGCCCCGUUCAGCCAGAGGCCAAGAUGUCCUCAGUGGGGAAGGUGACCCAGGUUCCCAGCGGGAAGGUCUACCAGCAGAUCUUCGAGGCUGAGGUGCAGCUGGUCCGCUCUCUGGCAGCCACCAGGAAGCGCGCUGUGGAGAGUUCCAUGACCCCAAAGAAUGGCAGGAGACCCUUGAUGAAGAAGAUGGAUAUUCCUGAAGGGGAGAUGAUGUGUCCUCGGCAGCGGAAGUGGGCGCACAGCCUACCCAAUGACUGGGUCACGGAAAAUCCUGUUCUCUACAGGGAAAAGGAAAUAAUCAAGAAGAAAAAAGCUGAAGAAAGUGAGAGCAUCAUUGAAGCCAGAGAGGUCCGGGGCCUCAUGGACACCAUAGUUCCAGAGAGGAUCAGCACAACCACCCUGGACAGAGACUCCAAGAGGCAGGGCUACGAGAGUGCUCUGGGGAGUUUUAAGGAGGAGAUUGCUCAGAUUGGGAUGGAAAUGGAACCUCUCAUCUUAGAGCCAGGAGCACUUCUUUUAAAAAAGCUGGCAGCGUCUGAUGAGGAAAUCGACCAACUCUUCAAAAAGGUGGAAAGCGAUAUCAACCUCGAAGACUACACCAUCCAAACCCUGAUGGAGCUGUGGGAUCAGGUGGCUGAGAAGUUCCAGUUCCAGAAGCAGGGGAUUAAGGAGCUGGAUGAGACACUGACCUCGACCGAGUUCUCUCGGGCAGAUAAACUCAGAAGCGUGUUGAAGAAAUAUGUGGAAAUCAUAGAGAAAACUUCCUAUCUCAUGCAGCCCGACGUGUACACGCUGAUAAAUAAGGAAGCCAUGGUCAUAAACCAGGCCCUCCUGGGCAACCGGAGGGCCAUCGCCCAGCUGUUUGUCAACCUGAUGGAGGCCACGCUGCAGCAGGAGCUCGAGGGCCAUCGCCGCUGGCAGGGCCUGGUGGACACCUGGAAGGUUCUCAAGAAGCAGGCCCUGGUGCAGAGUUUCAGUGAGUUCAUGGCCAGUGAGAGGAUCCGGGCUCCUCCAGAUGUGAAGAAGGAGAUAGAGAGCAUGCUGAAGAACCAGAAAGCCCUGCAGCAAAAGCGGCUGGAGCAUCUCUGCACCAUCUGUGACCUUCUGCCCCCCAAUUACAGCAAAGCUCAGCUGACUGAAUGGCAUUCUUCUCUCAACUCCCUAAAUAAGCACCUCGAUGCCUACCACAUGGGCUGCGUGAUGCAGAUCCGCCUGCAGUACGAGAAGACCUGGCAGGAGUGCCUGGCCCGCGUGCAGGAGUGCAAGAAGCAGCUGCUGGACUGGAAAGCCUUCACUGAGGAGGAGGCAGAGAGCCUGGUGAGCCCAUACUUCUUCCAGAUGGUGGGAGUGCUCCAGAGCAAGGUGGAAGAGGAGCUGGAGCUCUUGGACAAAUCCUUCAAGGACCUGGCCAAGCAGACAGAAUGUCAGAGCUCGGAUCUCCUCAGCUACUUCCAAGAGGCCGUGAGGCUGUGGGAGGCACAUCAGAGCGCACUGUCCGAGCAGGAGCUAGCGCUGGAGAAGAGGAUGGAACAACAGCGGCAGAAGCACAUCCUGGAGGAACAGGCCCAGGAAGCCCACCUUGAUAAGCUCUUGGACCAACUGAGGCAGCAAAGCCUUGAGGAAACACUGAAGCUUCACCUGGAAAAAGCCAAAGAUUUUUUGAAGAAUAUGAAACACAGGUAUGAGUGUUUCCACAAGACCCUGACAAAGGAAGUGAUGGAGUACCCAGUGCUCACACUGAGAGAACUCAACUCCUACAGCUCCACCCUUAGCCAACAUUUCUAUGUUCGUGAGAUCUUUGAACAGACCUUGGAUGGGGAAGUCAUUUUCAAAUUCAGGGAACCAGAAGCACAGGAAAAGCUCUUCCAGGAGAGUAUGAGAAAACGGAGGAGUAAACAGAGAGCUCAAGUGGAAAUGAGCAGAAGUGAAGACAGUGAAAGCGCAGGAACAAGUUCAUCCAGGCUAGCGGAAGAGAUGGAAGGAGAAGAUCAAGACAUCGAGUCUUCCUUAAAUAAAGAGAUGGCAGCGAGCCAGCAGGAACAAUCUGCACUGAGUGACGAGAUGGAUGAGUCCAGUGAGGAGUCUAUUCAGGGUUUAGAAGAAAUGCAAGUUAAAAGAGACAGCUCCUUAAAACCAUCCCAGAACCAGGAAAAUGAGAAGAGGAGGAAGAAAAAGAAGAAGGAAGAGGAAGAGGAGGAGGAGGAAGAGGAGGAACAUGAAGUGGAAGAAAAGCAGGAGGAGGAGGAGGAGGAGGAGGAAAAGGAAGAACAUGAGAGUUUAUCUAUGGAUGAGGCCGAAGCCCAGGAAGAGCAUCUGGGGGAAAUCUCCUGUGAAGACAUGGAGUCCUUCACAACCUCCAGCGGACAUACUUAUUUUGUGUUCCUACCCCUGGAACAAGAAGAAGAGAGUUUCAAAAGGCCCAAUUCCAACCUUUCUACCAUUCUCAUCAAUGACACUUCCAGUGCCAACCUCCUAGACCAAGUGAUAAUUCCAUCCAGACUAGUUUUAGGAAUUAAGAAGCAACUUCGAGCUGGUUUUUUCGAGCACCUAGAGAAGUGGUUUGCCCAACGUGUCCUCAAAACCCAGGUCACCGUGGCCACCAAGAUUGAUGAGCUGGACUCAGAACUAGAGCUGCAUCUGCACCUACACAAGCCAAGAGCUGAGUGCAUUGAAAAGGACAUCCACAAUGUCAGAGCAGCUGAGCUCUUGCUUCAUCAAGAGCAGCUGGACAGCCACUGUGCUGGGGUGAUCGAGACGCUGAGAAAGGAGAGGCUGAUGUUCUACCGGUUCCAAGAAGAGCAAAACAUAAAGAGCAAAAACUUCCGCCGCAAGAUUUACGACAUGGAGCAUAUCUUCUUGAAUGCCACAAAGAGCCAGAGGCUGGUUACUCUCAGCAGCACACUGCACCGGGAGCUGCUCAGCUACAUCGACGUCGUGCAGGUGUCCCUGCGCAGCUUCCGCCAGUACUUGGAGGAGAACCUGGGCAAGCUUCACUACGCCAACAUCGAGUUCAUCAAGCACUGCAGAUUGUUUUCUGACGGAGGCAACUUUUCUGCCGAAGAAAUUGACUCACUGUGUCAUCGACUGGAGAAGGAAGCUUCUCGAAUAGAGUUUGUUGAAAGUUUAAUCAUGAUCAACAUGGAGAAGAUGGAGAAUGAAUACCUGGGCCAGGCCAAUGAUGUCAUCAAUAAGUUUGAAAGCAAAUUUCAUAACCUGUCUGUGGACCUUAUUUUCAUAGAGAAAAUCCAGCGGUUGCUGACAAAUCUGCAAGUGAACAUCAAGAGCGAGGUUGCAAAAUCCAAUCUGCAAACAGAUGGAUUGAAUUUGUCUCUGGAACAGCUUCAAAGGAAAAUAGAAAUGUGUCGAAACUCAAAGGGAGAUAAAAAAGUGGUGGCCACGGAUGACCUCCUUGGCUUGGUCCGGACUUGGAAAGAAAAACUGGGCCAGAGGAUUCAGUACCUGAAUUGCAGGCUGGACAUCGUAUACACGACUCAAGUUGUCUUUACUGAUGACAUCAUGAUCGAUAUGGAGGUGGAGAGUGACAUCCUGGUGUCUUCAGAAGUCCUUGAAGAGGAAGCCAAGGUAGACUUGGUCACCCCUGAGUCCUUUGCCCAGCCCAGCUGCAUGGGGAAGUCCAUGAUUGAAGACCCGGCUGUGGAAGUUGUCAAGAAGAUCCUGCAACUUCCCAACUCAAAAUGCUCAACCCAGCAGUGCGACAAAGAUCGGUUCCAGACAGGUAGAGACAAACAGGCCUGUGGGUCUUGGGGCACUGGCGGUGGGAAAGCCAGUGUUGCCACCGGUCCAUCCUCACCUUGGGUCCUCUGUUCUUGUCCUGGGUGCUCAUCACCCAAAGGCUUGAAGCGACACCGGAACCGGGGAGAACAUGUCGUGAGAAAGGCCCUGUCCAGUGCCAGUGCCACUUCAACAACGAGCAUCACACGGUACUCCAAGCCCAACCGAAUGGACAGAAAGUACCAGGUGCUCGGGGAGAAGCCGCCGCCGCCAGCUGAGGAUUUUAAAGGGAUCAUCCUGACCCUCCUCUGGGAGAGCAAUGAGCAUCUGCUGAAUGUUGUGGAGGAGUUUUACCACAAAGAGAAGCACUCAGUCACCAGGCCUGACUGCAUGUACGAAAACUUUGACCAGUGUGCAGAGAAUAUCUGCAAGAGGAUCCUGGAAUACCAUGUCCAGACAGAUGAGUACCAUAACUCCUGCCUCAUAGAAUUACGGGCCCAGAUGAGGAGAUUUGAGGAGCUGCUGCCCCAGGUCUGCUGGCUGGUGAUGGAGAACUUCAAAGAACACCACUGGAAAAGAUUCUGUGCAUCUGCCAAAGAGAUCCGGGGACAGUUCUGGGAUUAUCAGGAAAAGCUGGAGAUAAGGAAGGAUGAAAAUGCCCAGAAGCUCCAUCAAAAUCUCGGACAUCCCGCACAUAUCCAAGAAAUGGAGUCUCUGUGUCAGGCAGAAGAGAAAAGGCAGAACGAUUUAGACACUGUGAUUAUGGCAACCAGGGAGAAGCUUGAGGAAUUCACCAGGAAGUACGGCCGGUUUUUCAUAGCCAGCCUGGCCACCUUCACCGAGAAGUUCCUGCUGCAGUUAGAUGAAGUGGUCACCAUCGACGAUGUCCGGGUUGCAAGGAUGGAGCCUACCAAACAGAAAACAUCAAUCCUCAUACGGAGGAAACUCGCUAGGCUUUCCCUGAAGGAAGAAAGUGAGAAGCCCCUGAUUGAGCGGGGGAGCAGGAAGUGGCCAGGAAUCAAACCCACUGAAGUCACCAUCCAAAACAAGAUUCUCCUCCGGAAAACAUCAUCCAUCAUCACCACCAAAACGACCCUGGGCCACCUGGCGGCUGUGGAAGCCCGAGAUGCUGUCUACCUGAAAUAUUUAGCAUUAUUCGAAGAGGAGUUGAAGAAGAUCCAGGACGACAACACAUUGCAGGUGAAGGAGGCUCAGCGCUGGAAGGACAGCUGGAAGCGCUCCGUGGAUACCAUCCAGGGCCUGUACUUGUGACACCCUCAACCCACCCCACAUAAAGGUUCAUUUUUUAUGGACUCCUUCUCUAUCCAUCUGUCCGCCCAUCCAUCCAUCCAUCCGUUCAUCCAUCCCUGCUCUAUACCCAGCACAGUAGCUUCAUCAGUGACCAGGACAUGGUGUGGUCCCUGCCCACGUGGAUGGGUAAGGAGGACAGAGGUUAAAGGGGGUUCCAUGUGGUUAUCAGGGUUGGUGGGUCACAGGAUUGGGCCACUUAAAAUAGAGACCAGUAAUUCAGAGGACAUAAUUCCAAUAGGCAUGCUUGGCACUUCAUCUUGGAAAAUGAAAUAAUAAAAUUAUCUGGGCAUGGGUAUAUUUACAUUUAACAAAGUGUAAGAUAAUUGCAACCAUGCAACCCACAAAGAAUUCAUCCAGUCUUGAUUGGGUAUCUGCCUGGCAACUUGCCUGACCAAAUUAUAGCAUUUUGAGGAAAAUCUUCCAGGACUCCUUAAUUUUCCUAGGGGCCCCUUAAAUCUUGUGAGACUCAGAUCCUUCCCUCUGGAAGCCUCCAUCUUGCAUCUUCCUUGCUGAUUUUCUCUUCCUUGAUUAAAUGGCCUAACCAC